AUGACUCCAAUUAAGUACGUUUCCAAAGUCGACUUGACAAAAUCCGGUGACCAGCAUCCUGGUGUUCACAACCGGUGGCAUCCAGAUGUCCCAUCUUUUGCAACAAUUAAGCCUGGCGAAACUGUCAAAAUUGAGUGCUUAGAUUGGACCGGAAACCAAAUUAAAAAUGACGAUUGUGCCGACGAUUUAAGAAACGUCGAUUUGACUCGGAUCCACUACUUAUCGGGUCCUUUUGACAUUGAAGGAGCAGAACCUGGAGAUUGCUUGGUAAUUGAGCUUAAAGAUGUCCAGCCAUUGGAGAGACGACCAUGGGGCUAUUGUGGAGUUUUCCACAAGGAAAAUGGCGGGGGAUUUCUUGAAAAGUUUUAUCCGGAAUGUGCCAAGGCUAUAUUUGAUUUUGAAGGAAUUUAUGCCACUUCUAGACAUAUUCCUCAUGUCAAAUUUGCAGGACUUGUUCAUCCUGGCUUGAUGGGAACGGCACCUUCUCCUGAAAUUUUGAAGGAAUGGAAUUCCAGAGAGUCAGAACUCAAGGAAAAGCACCAGCAUCAACACGAAACAGAGGUGGCUCUUUUGCCGGAAGAAAAAAAUUGUCAUGCUGGGUCCGCAACCGGCGACCUUUUGGCUAAAAUUGGUAGAGAAGGUGCUCGUACAGUUCCUGGGCGUCCUGAACAUGGAGGAAAUUGUGACAUCAAGAACCUUUCUCGGGGCUCAAAAUGUUAUUUUCCCGUUCAUGUCAAGGGUGCAAAAUUCUCCAUUGGAGAUUUACACUUUUCGCAAGGUGAUGGAGAAAUUAGUUUUUGUGGAGCAAUUGAAAUGGCUGGAGUUGUUACCCUAUCAGCUUCUAUCAUCAAAGGAGGUGUUGAAAAAUUGAAAUUGAAAUCUCCAAUGUAUGUUCCUGGUGAAGUUGCCAACCAUUAUGGACCAUCUCGGUACUUGACAUUUGAAGGAUUUUCUGUCGAUGAACAUGGCGAUCAAAAAUUCUUGUGUUUAACCACGGCUUAUCGCCAAUGUUGUAUCCGAGCAAUUGAGUACUUGCGUCGCUUUGGAUACAACGAUUAUCAAAUUUACUUGUUCUUAUCCACUGCUCCCAUCGAGGGACAUAUUGCUGGAGUGGUUGAUGUUCCUAAUGCUUGUACCACGUUGGGAAUCCCCAUGGACAUUUUUGACUUUGAUAUUCGGCCAGAAGCAGAGGUUAAGAAGCUCGAUAUGGGCAAUUGUGCAUUUGUGAGUGGUGCUUCUCAUGCUGUGACUUUUGACUUUGAUAAACUCGAAAAAAAAUAG